AGAAAAGAAAGCUAGGCUGGCCUGGGUACAAUACUUUAAUGAAAAUAAAAAUAAUAAAAAUAAAAUUUUUUGGAAGCAUUAUUGUUUAUAAUAUAAAAGGGGAGGGAGAGAGAGAGAACUUAAAGAGAAACAUAAGAUAUCAUUUCAAAGCAAAAAAGCAAAAGCAAGAGUGAAAAGAAGGGGAAGGGGAUAAUAAAGAGAGGAAUUCGAGGAAGAAGGGUUUUUUUCUCCUUUAGUGAAGAAGCUGGAGUUGUCUAAGAUGAUGCAGAUUGAGCAGCAGCAGCAGCAGCAGCCGCCGCCGCCGCAGCAGCAAAACCAGUUAACGGUUCAAAACUCUGGGAGUCUAAGCUUCAGCAGUCACUUGUCUAAGGAAGAUGAAGAGAUCUCUAAGUCUGCUCUUUCUACUUUCAGAGCCAAAGAAGAAGAAAUCGAGAGGAAGAAGAUGGAAGUUAGAGAGAAAGUUCAGCUUCAGUUAGGCCGUGUUGAAGAGGAAACUAAACGCUUGGCCGUGAUUCGUGAGGAGCUUGAAGCACUUGCAGAUCCUAUGAGGAAGGAAGUUGCUCAGGUUAGGAAGAAGAUUGAUGCAGUUAACAAAGAAUUGAAGCCAUUGGGGCACACCUGCCAGAAAAAGGAAAGGGAGUACAAGGAAGCCCUCGAGGCCUUUAAUGAAAAGAAUAAGGAAAAAGUACAGCUAAUCACAAAGUUGAUGGAGAUUGAACAGCUUGUGAGUGAAAGUGAAAGGUUGAGGAUGAAGAAGCUCGAGGAGCUCAGUAAGAACAUAGAUUCCUUACACUGAUCAUAAAUAAAAGCCUUUAGCUUUGUUUAACUGAUUAGGUAUCGUGUGAUGUAUUUAUGGUGACUUUGAAUAUCUUUAUUUAUGUGUGCUAAUGUUUUUUCGGGUUUGGUGUAUUGUAUGUUAAUCUUCGUUUGUUUCGUUAGACAUUCGAUGAAGAAUGUUAGCUGAUUUAGAAAGGGAAAUACCCUAUAAACAGAUUUGUAACUAAAUGCCUCCGGAUCUAUUGUACCUUUUGUUUAGUUAUUUCAAGUUUCCUG